AUGUUUUGGCACCUCUUCCGUCAGGAAAGGGGUUCUCUCUCUGAUCCCGAGAGUUCUCGUGGAGAGGCCAUUGAACCCAAUGUAGAUGAAGACAUGCCUCCAAAAGACCGAACGUCCAGGGCCAUCAAACGCCUAGCAACGCUCUUUGGGCGUGGCGGGCCGCUACAACCAUUCCGACUCAUAAAGCAGGAUAUCCGCAAUAUCAGGCGACGAUACAUCUCAGAUUGGAAGACCUUCAACCAGUUAGUCUUUGCGAGUGCAGUAUAUGUCUUUUUUACAAACCUCCUACCCGGCAUCACGUUUGCGGGUGACCUAUAUGUCCUUACGGGCAAGCAAUGGGGAACCAUUGAAGUUGUAUUCAGCACUGGUAUCUGUGGUGUCAUAUUUUCUCUAUUUUCCAUUCAACCCCUGACCAUUCUUGGCAUCCCGUUCCUUCCAUUCAUGGCUUGGUCGCUCAUACAUUCGGGAUGGCUACAUUUCCUUUUAGCCGCUUUCAAUGCCCACGAUUGGACCAUGCAAUAUGUAACAACAUUUUCUACUGAGAUAUUCUCUCUGCUCAAUAGCAUCAUAUAUUUCCAUAAAGCUAUUCAGGAAUUGGAGCGGGCCCAUAGCAAUUUAUCCUUUGCUGCAUUCCUCUACGCAGUGAUUGGGGCUGUUGGAACUAUGCUUCUGGCUAUCUUUUUGUCAACGGCACAACAUUGGAAGCCGUUAUUUCAUAGAUAUAUUCGACUUGGGUUAUCUGAAUAUGCCGCGGCGAUUUCUAUCAUACUUUUCAUCGGCAUGCCGCAUAUUGGGGAGUUGGCUCAUCUAGACAAGACUACCUUGGACGUCCCUACAUCUUUUCGACCCACCUCCCCGGACCGUGAAAGAUUCUUCGUUGAAUUCUGGGAUUUGCCUGUGCGGUGGGUAUUUGCGGCCAUUAUCCCAGGCCUUAUUAUUACCAUGCUCUUUUUCUUUGACCAUGAAAUAAGCUCUAUAAUAUGCACCAUCGACCGGUAUGGCACACGAAAACCUGGCGGGUUUGCGUUGGAUAUCAUGCUUCUGGGGGCGACCACCGCGAUGUGUGGUAUCUUGGGAAUUCCACCCGCCAAUGGCCUGUUGCCGCAGGCUCCCUUGCACUCGGAAUCCCUACUUCACGCAGAGAAAAAGGAGAAGCCAAUUUUGACUGGGGAUGAAAGGGAGAGCCAAGUUCCAGAGGUACAACGCGUUUACGAGCAGCGGUGGUCUCAUUUUCUUCAUGCAUGUGGGAUUCUGGUGUUUAUUAGCCCGCCUUUGAUGAAGGUCUUGGGCUUGACCCCUACCAGUGUUUUGGCAGGACUCUUUCUUUUCAUGGGAGAGCAGAGCCUGUCGGUCAAGUAG